AUGGCUCACUUUGACACGUACGACGUCAUCUCGGUCGUCGGCAUCCCCAUCUACGUCGUCUUCCUCGCCGGCGCCGUCUUCCUCUCCGUCAAGCACGGCUUCAAGCAGUCCUCGGGCUGGCGGUACCUCAUCGUGCUCGCCGUCGCCCGCAUCAUCGGCUUCUCCUUCCGCCUCGCCAUCAUGAACGACCCGGCAAACACGUCCCUCUGGAUCGGCUGGAUGACGGUCAACGGCCUGGGCCUGGGCCCCCUCGUGCUCGUGCUGCUCGGCCUCCUCAGCCGCGUCUUCGACUCGGUCAACCGCCAGGGCCACGUCGUCCUGACCCCGACGCACCAGCGCCUGGUCCAGCUGCUCGUCCUCGUCGCCAUCGUCGUCACCAUCGUCGGCGGCACCCAGUCCGACUUUAGCUUCCGAAACGGCGCCGUCAGCGUCGACUACGCGACCGCCAGCCGCGUCGGCGUCGGCCUCAUGAUUGCCGCCGUCGUCCUGCUGUGUCUCGAGGCGCUCGUCGCCUUCCGGAACCAGGGCUACGUCGCGCAGGGCGAGCACCGCAUCUUGCUGGGCGUCGUUGCCUCGCUGCCGUUUGUCAUUGUGCGCCUCGUGUAUUCCUGCCUGACUGUCUUUGCCGGCGUCAACUCCAACGUGUGGAUCUAUCUGGGCAUGGGUGUCCUGAUGGAAAUGGUGGUGGUGUUUAUGCUCGAGGUUUUGGGCUUCACGCUGGACAGGGCGCCCCGAGAGGCCAAGAGUGACGAUCCUGAGCUGCUAGCUCGGCGAGGCGGCCAGCAGUAUACCAGACGUUAG